AUGCGUGAUGUCAUUGUCGCCCCGGCUGGGCCAGAGACUGCUGAUUCGCGGACGGCCAGCUAUCGCAAGCUGGCUGGCCAUCUCGGCGAGUACGGCGCGCACAUGCUCGCCCUCCGCUUUCUCCCGCCGCAUUUGGCCAAUGCUGCCGCUGUUAUGGAGCUGCUCAAAGACUAUCCCUUCUUGGCUCAUCGCGAUGAGCCUGGUUCACUUUUUGCCCGCCGCGACUCUGUCCGCCGUCCGCACCACAACGUCUACUUUGCCACACUGGCCUCGCCGGCCCUCGCCCGUGCCGCUCGUCGUGACCUCCACGGCCGGGUCUUGCCGCUGGCUGCAGAGGGCGACGAGCCCGUGCGACUCCACGUCGACAUUGUUGGUUGA